GUUGCCGCGGCAACCGCACGCCGACAAGCAACGCAUUGUGUUCGAUGUAACCACGGCAACCGAUGAACGAGGAGCUGUGUGUGUGGGUGGCGGCCAUUGAGCUGAAUGCUGACAGUACGACCGCAGCGGACGUCGACUCUUACCUCGAUAGGAUUCUGGCAGCUCUCAACGAUCAGGGAGAGGAGCAGUGUCUGACAAAGUCGCUCGUCGACGCCGGAAUCCUGAAGCAGCUCUCCGCACGGCUUCACCAGCAGGGGGCGCACGCGGUCAAGUCAGCGGAAAUCAUCGCCGAGGUGGCCAAGCUCGAGUCGGCGCGUCAGACGUGCGUGGACGCCGACCUCGCUCGCCCGCUCGUCGAGAUGCUGGUCAAGGACGAGGUCGCCAUGGCAACGCAGGCGUGCCGGGCCCUCGGCAACAUCUGCUACGAGUGCGAUGCGGCGCGGCAGGCGGUGUUUGAGCUUCACGGCACGGAUCGCCUCGUCACGCUGCUGCGUGCGCAGCUUCACUCGCGGGAGCCCGGCGCGGACAAGCUACGUCUGAUCGCGUGCGGCUUUCUGCUCAACCUCACCAACGCUCACGGUGAGUGCGCGCGCACGCCAGGGGGCAUAUACGAGCGAGAAUCUUACGUCUACGACACGUUUAUACAGGACGGUAUUCUGAACGAAGCCGGGCAGCAGCCCUGUCGAACAGACGUUGCAUUGGUGCACGAUCCGGAACUACAACAUACUUCACCGUUCGGCCGCGCCUCUCGACAUUCCGCGGCGACGAUUCCCGACAUCCCAGCUGUAAUCGCUACAUGUUAA